UGUGUCAGGUCGGGGCGGGGUUACAAGCGGCGGCCUGGGCGCUCUGGUCUUCCUGUGUGUGAGGCGGCGGAGGUCGGAGAGCGGGAAGCGGCACGAUGGACCCCAAUAUUCUAAUCGAGGCCCUACGGGGCACCAUGGACCCGGCCCUGAGGGAGGCCGCGGAGAGACAGCUGAAUGAGGCUCACAAGUCUGUGAAUUUCGUGUCCACCCUGCUGCAGAUCACAAUGUCUGAGCAACUGGAUCUACCUGUGCGACAAGCAGGUGUUAUUUAUUUAAAAAAUAUGAUCACUCAGUAUUGGCCGGACCGGGAGGUGACCCCCGGCGAAAUCCCCACACACACUAUUCCCGAGGAGGAUCGUCACUGUAUCCGGGAGAAUAUUGUAGAAGCCAUCAUCCAGUCUCCAGAACUGAUACGAGUCCAGCUGACCACGUGCAUCCACCACAUCAUCAAACACGAUUACCCGACUCGCUGGACGGCCGUGGUAGAGAAGAUCGGCUAUUACCUGCAGUCUGAUAACAGCGCCUGUUGGCUGGGCAUCCUGCUCUGUCUGUACCAGUUGGUGAAGAACUAUGAGUACAAGAAGCCAGAAGAGAGGACCCCACUGAUAGCCGCUAUGCAGCACUUUCUGCCCAUGCUGAAAGAGCGAUUCAUCAGUCUGCUUCCCGACCCCUCUGAACAGUCUAUGCUCAUCCAGAAACAGAUCUUUAAGAUCUUUUACGCUCUCGUCCAGUACACAUUACCCCUGGAGCUCAUCAAUCAGCCCAGCCUGGCCGAGUGGAUUGAAAUUCUGAAGAGCGUGGUGGAUCGGGAUGUUCCUGCAGAGACACUCCAGGUUGAUGAGGAUGACCGACCGGAACUUCCCUGGUGGAAGUGUAAGAAGUGGGCCCUGCACAUAUUGGCGCGGCUGUUUGAGAGGUAUGGAAGUCCCGGAAACGUCUCCAAAGAGUACAAUGAAUUUGCAGAAGUUUUCUUAAAGGCCUUUGCAGUUGGCGUUCAACAGGUCUUGCUGAAAGUUCUUUACCAGUAUAAGGAGAAGCAGUACAUGGCUCCCCGAGUCUUACAGCAAACGCUCAACUAUCUCAACCAAGGAGUGUCACACGCGGUGACCUGGAAGAACUUGAAGCCCCACAUCCAGGGUAUCAUUCAGGACGUCAUUUUCCCCCUGAUGUGUUACACGGACUCCGACGAGGAGCUGUGGCAGGAGGACCCCUACGAGUACAUCCGCAUGAAGUUUGAUGUAUUUGAAGAUUUUAUCUCCCCCACCACUGCGGCCCAAACGUUGCUGUUCACGUCUUGCAGUAAAAGGAAAGAGGUGUUGCAGAAAACGAUGGGAUUUUGUUACCAGAUUUUAACGGAGCCGGCUGCAGAUCCUCGCAAGAAAGACGGCGCCCUCCACAUGAUUGGAUCCUUAGCAGAGAUUUUACUGAAGAAAAAGAUUUACAAAGACCAGAUGGAGUUCAUGCUGCAGAAUCACGUCUUUCCUCUGUUCAGCAGUGAGCUGGGUUACAUGCGAGCCCGGGCCUGCUGGGUGCUUCACUACUUCUGCGAAGUGAAGUUCAAGAUUGACCAGAACUUGCAGACGGCCCUUGAGCUGACCCGGAGGUGUCUCAUAGAUGACCGGGAGAUGCCGGUGAAAGUAGAAGCCGCCAUCGCGCUCCAAGUUCUCAUCAGCAACCAGGAUAAAGCCAAGGAGUACAUCGCCCCGUUCAUCCGGCCGGUCAUGCAAGCGUUGCUGCAUAUCAUCAGGGAGACGGAGAAUGACGAUCUGACCAAUGUGAUUCAGAAGAUGAUCUGCGCAUAUAGCGAGGAGGUCACGCCCAUCGCGGUGGAAAUGACGCAGCAUUUGGCCAUGACCUUUAAUCAAGUCAUCCAGACGGGUCCAGAUGAAGAGGGCAGCGAUGACAAAGCCGUGACUGCAAUGGGAAUCCUCAAUACUAUAGAUACAUUACUCAGCGUGGUGGAGGAUCAUAAAGAGAUCACUCAGCAGCUGGAAGGUAUCUGCCUGCAAGUCAUCGGAACCGUCCUACAGCAACACGUUCUAGAGUUCUAUGAGGAGAUCCUCUCCCUGGCACACAGUCUCACCUGUCAGCAAGUCUCGGCUCAGAUGUGGCAGCUGCUGUCUCUGGUGUUUGAGGUUUUCCAGCAGGAUGGCUUUGAUUACUUCACAGACAUGAUGCCGCUCCUGCACAACUAUGUCACAGUGGACACGGACACCCUUCUGUCUGACACAAAGUAUCUGGAGAUGAUCUACAGUAUGUGUAAGAAGGUAGGUUGCCCAUCGAGGGCUUUGUGCUGGAAAGUAAUCUACGUGUGUAGAGGUUCUCGCCCCUCGCAGGUCAUACCGCUAUUCGUGGAGGCCGCUCUGGAGAGGCUGACUCGGGAGGUGAAGACCAGCGAACUUAGGACGAUGUGUCUGCAGGUUUCCAUUGCUGCGUUAUACUACAGUCCUCCGCUGCUCCUCAACACCCUGGAGAACCUUCGUUUCCCCAACACGGUGGAGCCCGUCACGAAUCACUUCAUCAAACAGUGGCUCAAUGACGUGGACUGCUUCUUAGGGUUACACGAUCGGAAAAUCUGCGUCCUCGGCCUCUGCGCCCUCAUAGAACUCGAUCAGAGGCCGCAGAUCCUGGGCGAAGUCUCCACGCAGAUCCUGCCCGCCUUCAUCCUCUUAUUCAACGGUCUGAAGCGAGCGUAUGCCUGCCAUGCAGAGCAAGAGAACGACAGCGAUGAUGACGAGGAUGGAGAGGAGGACGAUGAAGCCGAACUGGGCAGCGAUGAGGACGACAUCGAUGAGGAGGGACAGGAAUAUCUGGAAAUGUUGGCGAAACAAGCCGGAGAGGACGGCGACGACGAGGACUGGGAGGAAGACGAUGCGGAAGAAACGGCGUUAGAAAGUUAUACGACUCUCAUCGAUGACGAGGAGAACCUCGUAGAUGAAUAUCAAAUAUUUAAAGCUAUAUUUCAGAUGGGAGCCUUGCCUGCUUUGUUCAGAGGAGAAGCUCUAUCUACAGGGCUUGAGAAAUCCGCUCGUCUCCCUAUCGUAACGCUGGCAGAUCAGAGGCGAGCAGCUCACGAAUCCAAAAUGAUCGAGAAACACGGAGGCUACAAAUUUAACGCUCCCGUCGUGCCAAGUUCCUUCAAUUUCGGCGGGCCGGGCAUGAAUUGAGCCGUCGCUUUUCUCUCCUGCUAACGUGUGACUGAUUGUAGUGAAGAAGCUUGUGUUCCUCCCAGUAGUGGU